AUGGCGGAGGCGGAAGGAGAGAGCCUGGAGUCCUGGCUGAAUAAGGCCACCAAUCCUUCCAACCGCCAGGAGGACUGGGAAUACAUAAUCGGCUUCUGUGAUCAGAUCAACAAGGAGCUGGAAGGGCCACAGAUCGCUGUCCGACUGCUGGCCCAUAAGAUCCAGUCCCCACAGGAAUGGGAGGCAGUCCAGGCCCUGACGGUGCUGGAGGCCUGUAUGAAGAACUGUGGGCGGAGAUUUCACAACGAAGUGGGCAAGUUCCGGUUCUUGAAUGAGUUGAUCAAAGUCGUCUCUCCAAAGUACCUGGGGGACAGGGUGUCUGAGAAAGUGAAGACCAAGGUUAUUGAGCUGCUUUAUAGCUGGACUUUGGCCCUGCCGGAAGAAUCAAAGAUCAAAGAUGCUUACCACAUGCUGAAGAGACAGGGCAUAGUGCAGUCUGACCCCCUGAUCCCUGUGGACAGGACCCUGAUCCCUUCUCCACCGCCUCGUCCCAAAAACCCUGUGUUUGAUGACGAGGAGAAAUCCAAGCUUUUAGCCAAAUUGUUGAAAAGCAAAAACCCAGAUGACCUGCAAGAGGCCAACAAGCUGAUCAAGUCCAUGGUGAAGGAAGAUGAGGCACGGGUCCAGAAGGUGACCAAGCGCCUACACACCUUAGAGGAGGUGAACAACAACGUGAAGCUGCUCAGUGAGAUGCUGCUUCAUUACAGCAAGGAGGAUUCGUCCGAGGCAGAUAAAGAGCUCAUGAAGGAGCUGUUUGAUCGGUGUGAGAAUAAGAGGCGGACGUUAUUUAAACUAGCCAGCGAGACAGAAGACAAUGACAAUAGUUUGGGAGACAUCCUGCAGGCCAGUGACAACCUCUCCCGAGUCAUCAGCUCCUAUAAGGCAAUCAUUGAUGGGCAGGCCAUCAAUGGUGAGGUGGCCACCUCAUCCCUGUUGGACUCGGAAGGACACCACCACUCCAGGAACCAAGGCACUCUCAUCGACCUUGCAGAGUUGGAUGCACCAGGCAGCUCAGCCCCCGUUUUGGCCCCCACGCCACCCUCCUCCGGCAUCCCUAUCCUCCCUCCACCGCCCCCGGCCUCAGGACCUGGGCGCAGCCGCUCGUCCAGCCAGGCCGAGGCCCCCCCAGGGCCCAGCAACACAAGCAAUGCCCUCUCCUUGCUGGAUGAAGAGCUGCUCUGCUUGGGCCUUGCUGACCCAGCCCCUAGGGCUCCCCGCAAAGAGUCUGCUGGAAACGGCCAGUGGCCCCUGUUCCAGAAUGAACAGUCGGACCUGGACUUCUUCAGCCCCAAACCUGGGACUGCUGCUUGUAGCCCCUCAGACGGGCCUGUCCUCCAGCCCUCAGCAGCCCCUGCAGGCAACUCCCAGCCUCCACUGCCACCCCCCUUCCCAGCUCCUGUGGUCCCAGCCAGUGUUUCUGCUCCAAAAACAGGCUUUUUGUUCCCCACUGGACUGGCCCCAGCUUCGACCCCAAAAGCUGAGCCCACAGUCCCUGGGUACCAUGGCUCAGCUUUGAGUGACAGCUCCCUGCACCAGUUGGAUGCCCUCGAUCAGCUUUUAGAAGAAGCCAAAGCGACCUCAGGCCUGGUGAAACCCAUCUCCUCCAUCUUCCCUGGGGCCACCACCUCCCCUCUGAUCCCCAGCAGCACUUCAGCUAGGCCUCUCCUGCCGUUCUCCACGGGGCCUGGCAGCCCUCUCUUCCAGCCACCUGUCUUCCCAUCCCAGGAGAGCCCCAUGAAGGGGCCUGAGCUCUCCCUGGCCAGUGUCCAUGUCCCUCUGGAAUCUAUCAAGCCUAGCAGUGCCCUUCCUGUAACAGCCUAUGAUAAAAACGGCUUCCGCAUCCUCUUCCACUUCGCCAAGGAAUGUCCACCAGGACGGCCCGAUGUGUUGGUGGUGGUUGUGUCCAUGCUGAAUACAGCUCCUUUGCCCAUAAAAAGCAUCGUGCUGCAGGCCGCAGUGCCCAAGUCAAUGAAAGUGAAGCUGCAGCCACCCUCUGGGACGGAACUCGCUCCAUUUAGCCCCGUCCAGCCACCUGCAGCCAUCACUCAGGUCAUGCUGCUGGCUAAUCCACUGAAGGAGAAGGCAAGGCUUCGGUAUAGACUGACCUUCGCCCUUGGGGAGCAGCUGAGCACAGAGGUGGGUGAGGUGGACCAGUUCCCUCCUGUGGAGCAGUGGGGGAACCUAUGA